AUGGAGAUGCUGCCGCAAUACAAGCUUAUUUGCGACUAUGCAAGCACGGUGCUCGGGAUUUUACUUCUGUGUAGGCAAGCUUACAAAGAGUUCGGUGAUGUUGUCACCUUUGAUACGACAGACCUGACAAAUAAAUAUGACAUGUCGUUUGCUCCAUUUGUUGGCUGCAUGCACGGUCAAGCACCAAAAGGAAUAAUUAUUGAUCAGGACAGGGCUAUGCAGAAUGCUAUUCAGAUUGUAUUUCCACAUACGAUGCAUAGGUGGUGUCUCUGGCAUAUCUUGAAGAAGUUGCCUGAGAAGUUUGGCUAUCAUGUUGAUAAGGCGUCGAUCUUUUCCACUAUACAUGGAUUAGUGUAUGAUUCACAGACCGUUGAAGAGUUUGAAGAAGGGUGGAGAGGGAUGAUUGAUAGGUACAACUUGUAUGAUAGUGAUUGGUUGUCUGGAUUGUUUGAAAGUAGAUUUUGUUGGGUUCCAUGUUUUUUGAAAACCACAUUUUGGGCCGGAAUGUCAACAACGCAACGAAGUGAGAGCAUGAAUACAUUCUUCGAUGGAUACGUGCAUUCAAAGACCUCAUUGAAACAAUUUAUCGAACAAUACGAAAGAGCAUUGCGGAGCAAGGUUGAGAAGGAGUUUCAGGCUAACUUCAAGUCUUAUGCGCAAAUGGUACCGUGUGUCACGAAUCAUGAUAUGGAAACUCAAUUUCAAAAGGUGUACACCAUAUCAAAGUUUAGAGAGGUUCAGGACGAGUUCAUCAGGAAGGUUUACUAUGACAUCAUAUCUGUCUCGGAGGGAUGUUCAGGGACGAUUUACAAGGUUCUGGAGGAUAUCCUACUAUAUGGAGUGCAUCGGACGAAGAGGACCUUUUCCGUCUCAUUUACGAGGGAGACAUGUGACAUUGUUUGUAGUUGUCACUUAUUUGAGUUCCGAGGGAUAGUUUGUAGGCAUGCAUUCACUGUUUUGAUCCGUAAUGAUGUCAAGUUCUUGCCGGACAAGUUUAUUCUACGAAGAUGGAGGAGGGAUGUUAGUAGGGCACACACGAGGGUGGCAGUGUACUACGAUGGGUUGGACGGUUCUCCGAUACAGUUGAGGUACGACGAUAUGUGUCGGGAUUUUCGGAGGUGGCUGACCUUGCUGCGAAUGAUGAAGAGCGAAGACAGAUCUCAGAAUCGUUCCGACGUCAAUAUACUAGAUCCUAUAUCAUCAAAAGGAAAGGGUGCGCCAAGGAAACUUCGAGGAAAAGGACCGUUGGAGUUAACGUCAAAGAAAGCAAAGGCAACUUCGACGUCAACAAAAGGCACGAGGCCGACAGGUCGACAUAGUACUGCGGAAGAAGUUGUAUCAGAUGUUGACGACUCUAACAGUUUUCAUCCUUGA